GGCACCGACAGUCAGGGCAAGUCAUGGUGCUGAAGAUGAACAGGCUCCCCAGUAACCGGGGCAACACGCUACGCGAGGUGCAGCUGAUGAACCGGCUCCGGCACCCAAACAUCCUAAGGUUCAUGGGGGUCUGUGUGCACCAGGGACAGCUGCACGCUCUUACUGAGUAUAUGAAUGGGGGGACCCUGGAACAGCUGCUCAGCUCCCCAGAACCCCUAUCCUGGCCAGUCAGGCUGCGCCUGGCUCUGGACAUUGCCCGGGGCCUUCGGUACCUGCAUGCCAAAGGUGUAUUCCACCGAGACCUCACAUCCAAGAACUGUCUAAUCCGACGGGAAGACCGAGGCUUCACAGCUGUUGUGGGUGACUUCGGGCUGGCUGAAAAGAUUCCUGUUUAUAGGGAAGGGGCAAGGAAGGAACCAUUGGCUGUGGUGGGGUCCCCAUACUGGAUGGCUCCAGAGGUGUUGCGGGGUGAGCUGUAUGAUGAGAAGGCUGAUGUCUUUGCCUUUGGGAUUGUACUCUGUGAGCUCAUCGCCCGAGUACCUGCGGACCCUGACUACCUACCCCGUACUGAGGACUUUGGCCUGGAUGUGCCCGCGUUCCGAACUCUGGUAGGAGAUGACUGUCCGCUGCCUUUCCUGCUCCUGGCCAUCCACUGCUGCAGCAUGGAACCCAGCACCCGUGCCCCCUUCACUGAAAUCACCCAGCACCUGGAAUGGAUCCUGGAGCAGCUGCCUGAGCCAGCCCCCCUCACUAGGACUCCCCUGACACACAAUCAGGGCUCUGUUCCAAGAGGGGGUCCCUCUGCUACGCUUCCCAGGCCAGACCCCCGGCUGUCCCGAAGCCGGUCAGACCUCUUCCUGCCCCCGUCACCAGAGUCGCCCCCCAACUGGGGGGACAAUCUGACUCGAGUCAACCCCUUCUCUCUCCGGGAAGACCUCAGGGGUGGCAAGAUCAAGCUUCUGGACACACCCAGCAAGCCAGGCGCCCCCCUACCCCUAGUGCCACCACUGCCCUCCACUCAGCUCUCCUCGGCAACCUCUCCGGAGACCCUGGUCCAGCCCGGGACACCGGCCCGCCGCUGCCGUUCACUGCCCUCAUCCCCUGAGCUCCCUCGGCGUAUGGAGACAGCACUGCCCGGUCCUGGCCCACCCCCCGUGGGCCCCUCGGCUGAAGAGAAGAUGGAGUGUGAGGGCAGCAGCCCUGAGCCAGAACCCCCAGGACCAGCUCCCCAGCUGCCCCUGGCCAUGGCCACAGACAACUUUAUCAGCACUUGCUCCUCAGCCUCCCGGCCCUGGUCCCCUAGGCCAGGACCUUCCCUCAACAACAACCCUCCAGCUGUGGUGGUGAACUCCCCCCAAGGCUGGGCUGGGGAGCCCUGGAACCGGGCCCAGCAUAGCCUGCCCCGGGCAGCAGCCCUGGAGCGGACGGAACCCUCACCGCCCCCUGCAGCUCCCCGGGAGCCCGAUGAGGGGCUGCCCUGCCCUGGCUGCUGCCUCGGCCCCUUCAGCUUUGGCUUCCUGUCCAUGUGCCCCCGCCCCACACCAGCUGUUGCCCGCUACCGAAACCUGAACUGUGAGGCGGGCAGUCUCCUCUGCCACCGAGGGCGCCACACCAAGCCACCCACGCCCAGCCUGCAGCUGCCUGGGGCACGUUCUUAGCAGUGGGGCCUGUGGUCGUAGGCCUCCAACUGCAGCCUUCAGGACACCCUGUGAGGACAGAGUGCACUUGCUGGACAGUGCCAGCCCCAGAUGGGCUGCCUGGCUCUUCUCCCCGUCUAGGGGAGCCUCAGCAUGGACUCGAGGGACAGAGCACUUCAAUCCAACCCCUGGGCUUGCACUCCCGUGGGGAUCACCAAACCAGACACAGCAUUGCUGACACAAGACUAACACGUGCAAUUAUUUAAAAAUAUUUCAAUAAAACUGCCUGGCUGGCUCCGGGCCGCCCCUA